UGCACCUAGUGAUUGGUGUCCGUCUAACGAACCGCAUCGAAUCGUGCGCGCAGUGUGUUGGUUUUGGUGUUAGUUUAAAUUCGAUUUCUUCGUGAGUUUAAGUGUUUAUAUUUCAAGCAUCCAGAGAAUUACCGCUAUGGAAUUAAAGGUAUUAGCGGUUACGCUGUUAUUGGCUGUGAGCUGCAGCUGCCAAUAUGAAGCAGAAAGUCAUCAACACGAUGAUGGGUGCUCUCAUCCACCAAAAUAUGGACCUAGCAAAUCUGAUUACACUCAGAGUCUAGUAUCUUACACUCCGGCACCCAAACCAACUUACUUCAAGCCCAGUUAUGAAGCAGUAAGCUAUUCAGCCCCUAGCUAUUCAGCUUCCAGCUACUCUGCCCCUAGCUAUUCGGCUCCUAGCUACUCUGCACCUAGCUACUCGGCUCCCAGCUACUCGGCUCCGAGUUACGCAGUUCCUGACCCGAGCUAUGCAUCGCCAAGUACCCCAAAAUACUCUUCACCGAGUUACACCAGCAACUACAAGCCAGCAAAGGUUGCUUACUCUGCCCCAGCAUACAAGCCAGCAGUGUACUCUACACCCAAAUACGAAGCUCCACAAUACGUUUCUAGUACUACAGAGUACACACCACAUGAAUACAAAGGCGAUUACAAACCAGCUGCACCAUACUCAGUAACCACACCAAAAUGUGAAGAUGCUGCUCAACAUGAGUACACCACCCCAGCACCAUCUUACUCAUACUCUUCAGCACCAAAGUCAUACGCCAGCAAACCUGCAUACUCCGCGGCACCUGCAGCAUACUCUGCAUCCAGCUACUCGACUGCAGCUCCCAGCUAUGCUGUACCCAACCCAUCUUACUCUUCAGCACCUUCAAGUUAUUCUAAGCCCAGCUACUCAUCAUCCAGCUACUCAUCAUCUAGCUACUCUAGACCCGCCCCAAGCUACGGUGUGCCUAGCCAAUCUUACUCAGCAGCACCGGCCAGCUACUCUCAACCGAAAUACUCUGCACCCAGCUACUCCUCGUCAAGCUACUCAUCAUCUAGUUACUCUGCACCAGCCAUCAGCUACGCCGCACCAGAACCAAACUACGCUGCACCAUCCGCACCAAAAUCUAGUUACUCUUCGUCCAGUUACUCAUCAUCUAGCUACUCUACACCAGCUCCAAGCUACGCCGUUCCUGAACCAGUGUACGCCUCACCAUCCGCACCAAAAUACUCUCCACCAAGCUACUCCACACCAGCCCCAAGCUACGCCGUUCCCGAACCAGUGUACGCUUCUCCGUCUGCACCAAAAUACUCUCCACCAAGCUACUCCACACCAGCCCCAAGCUACGCCGUUCCCGAACCAGUAUACGCUUCUGCACCAAAGUACUCUGCUCCCGCACCCAAAUACCAACCAUCGAGCUACAACUCGUACUCAAGCAGCAGCUACAAGGCCGCCAAACCCGAAUACUCUGCACCAGCACAUAAGUCCAUAGCUUACUCUACACCGUCAUCGUACGUUGCAGUGGCCCCACCAAAAUGUGACGAACACGAACAGGAAUAUGUUACCAAAGCUCCAUCAUACGAGUCCAAACAAUCUUACGCACCAGCACCAGCAUAUUCACCAGCUGCGUAUACGUCAAAACAAUCUUACUCAUCUGCCCCAAUCGCCGUAUACUCUCCUCCAGCCGCUUCUUACGGUCCAGCCCCCGAAUACUCAGCAGCUCCCAGCUACCCAUCUCCAUCUUACUCCGCUUCCCAGAGCUACCAGUCCGCAUCUUACUCUUCUGCCCCAAGCUACUCAUCACAGUCGUACGCUGCUGCACCUGCCCCAGCAUAUGCACCAGCAGCUCAGUCAUACGCACCUGCAGCCCAAACAUACGGACCAGCGGCUUCAUCAUACGCACCAGCGGCUCCAUCAUAUGCACCAGCAGCUUCGUCAUACGCACCAGCUAAGACCUACUCAAGCUAUGUAACACCACCAAAAACUGGACCAACUAAGAACGUCGUAAACACUCAUUUGGAAAAUUACGAUGAGAACCCAAGAUACGCCUACGAAUACAGUGUUGACGAUUCAUACACUGGUGACAAGAAGAGCCAAAAAGAAGAACGUGAUGGUGAAGUCGUGAAAGGAGAAUACAGCCUUGUCGAGCCCGACGGUUCCAUAAGAACAGUCACCUACUACGCCGAUUGGGACAACGGAUUUUUCGCCAAUGUCUCCAAAACUCCAGCAGCAGGAGCUAAAUACUAAAUUUAAUUGUAUAAUUAAUAUAUGUUUUAAUUCUUUUUUAUACGACGGAUAUUACGGUAUCAAUAUGCUAAAAAACGUAAGUCCCAUCAUUGCAAAAAUCAUAUAAUGUUAACCCAUCAAUGCCAUAUUAUAUUAUCUGCACUUUGCAUAUAUAUUUUUAGACCUUAAAUUAAUAUUUUUUUAUAUAGAUUGAGAUCAAAAAAGUUCAUUCAAAUCGAAAUAAAAAAACGAUCUCACAAUCACAUUAAAAAACAUAUCGAAAUCAAAUAUAUGUCGACUUGUAUACAUA